GCUCUGCUCUCCCAGCUCCUUUGCCAGCCCAGGUCCUCCCAGUCUUGUUCAGCCGGUGUGGUGCUCGUACUUCCCUACGCUGUCGCAGAGAGUCGCUGCCGAGUGGGCGCUCGGUGUUCGGAUCGUCAUGGCUGGUUACGAAUACGUGAGCCCGGAGCAGCUGGCUGGCUUUGAUAAGUACAAGUACAGUGCUGUGGAUACGAACCCGCUCUCUCUGUACGUCAUGCAUCCGUUUUGGAACACUGUGGUAAAGAUAUUUCCUACUUGGUUGGCUCCAAAUCUGAUAACCUUUUCUGGCUUUCUGCUGGUUGUAUUCAAUUUUCUGCUUAUGGCAUACUUUGAUCCUGACUUUUAUGCUUCAGCACCAGGUCACAAGCAUGUACCUGACUGGGUUUGGAUCGUAGUGGGCAUCCUCAACUUCAUAGCCUACACUCUAGAUGGUGUGGAUGGAAAGCAAGCCCGUAGAACCAAUUCCAGCACCCCGUUAGGAGAACUCUUUGACCAUGGCUUAGACAGUUGGUCAUGUGUUUACUUUGUUGUAACUGUGUAUUCCAUUUUUGGACGAGGACCAUCUGGUGUCAGUGUUUUUGUUCUUUAUCUCCUGCUAUGGGUAGUUUUAUUUUCUUUCAUCCUGUCCCACUGGGAAAAGUAUAACACAGGGAUUCUUUUCCUGCCAUGGGGAUAUGACGUUAGCCAGGUGACUAUUUCUAUUGUCUACAUAGUGACUGCAGUUGUGGGAGUUGAGGCCUGGUAUGAACCUUUCCUGUUUAAUUUCUUAUAUAGAGACCUAUUCACUACAAUGAUUAUUGGUUGUGCAUUAUGCGUGACUCUUCCAAUGAGUUUAUUAAACUUUUUCAGAAGCUAUAAAAAUAACACCUUGAAACACAAUUCAGUCUAUGAAGCUAUGGUUCCCUUCUUUUCUCCAUGUUUGCUCUUCGUUUUGUCUACAGCGUGGAUCCUCCAGUCACCUUCAGAUAUCUUAGAGUUACAUCCUAGAGUUUUCUACUUUAUGGUUGGAACAGCCUUUGCCAACAUCACAUGCCAGCUGAUUGUUUGUCAAAUGAGCAGUACCCGGUGCCCAACUUUGAAUUGGUUGCUGGCUCCCCUCUUCUUGGUUGUCAUGGUGGUAAAUGUAGGAGUAACCUCUUAUGUUGAGAGCAUUCUCCUGUUUACAUUAACCACUGCUUUCACUCUGGCCCACAUCCAUUAUGGAGUACGAGUGGUAAAGCAGCUGAGCAGCCAUUUUCAGAUUUAUCCCUUCUCAUUGAGGAAACCAAACUCGGAUUGACUAGGAAUGGAAGAAAAGAAUAUUGGCCUGUAAUCUACAGAAAGAAGUACUGUAAAUAAGAUGCUUGUAAAUAUUUCAUCCAUCACCAUUGACCUAAACAGAUCUGCCUAACAGACGUGGGAACUCAGUAUGUGUGGUGCUUGAACAGCAGGAAUGAUACAUAGGAUCUGAACUUGCAGAAUUUGGACCUACUAACUCCCAGCUUAUUUUUUUUUUUUUAAUAAAACCAUGUGAUGUUUUGGUUAAACAUAAAACAUUAGAUCAGCAAAAUGUUCCUAGUAAUUUUAGCUUCAGGAAUCCGUAAUGUUUUGGUUCAUACAGAGUUAAAGAUGCUUGGUUUUUAUUUUUAAAACCCUUAAAUUGGUUUAGGGACAUUGAUAACGUUCAGAAAACCCACCAAUGUGUUUUCAAAUGUGGUAUUUAGAAGUAGGUCUUUAGCUGUGGAAGCUAUCAGUAGCCCAAAUCUAAUAAAGGGAAAAGAUAAGAGCGAGUCACCUUCAGCAAGAGGUGCCAAAUGAUUACAGAACAAUAUGCAGUUGCCAAAUACUGGUUUCUCUUUCCCAUGGAAAUGCCUUUUGUCCUCAUGUGCUAAGAGAGCUAAUAUAUAUGUCUAUAUUUAGAGUCUCUAGUAUUCUGGCUCUCUUUGUAAUGGAACAGAUCUUGAUAAAUGGUUCAAUUUUCUUUUAAGAAAAAUAUUCUAUUGAGACUUAGUGGAGAACGGAUUGCAGCUGUAGCUCACUCCUUGGCAUGGUUCAUUGUGUAAACGUGGCUGCAGGUUGCUGAGAUUUGGUGCCUGUGAACUGUGAUCAUACGAAUGCAUGGGACAGUCCCAGUCUUACAGUAAAUUACUUGUGAGGGACACAGAUAAACCUCCUUAGAAGAGAAAUUUUCUUAGACGUUAGGAAUCUCAUGAACCUCACUAUGAAAUUAGCUUUCUGAUAUAAUUUGUCUUUCCUUCCUUCCUUUCUCUUUUCCCCAACUUGCUCACUUCCCCACUAGAAGAAAAAUUUUAAUAAUACAUGCCUUACUGAGUAUGUGUUCCCUUAAUAUGACUUGGGGUAAUUUUUGAGGUUUACUGACAAACAUAAAAAUCUCUUUGACUUAUUGUUUUAUGAUCAUACCUUUUCAUGGUUGUGGAUAUUUUCUUCUAUUUCUUUUUCAUUUUGUCUCCAUUUAAUUUGGUGGUGGUGAAAUUUACUGGCUGAUUUUCUUCUUUCUUUCUACUGAAUGAAGUUUGUGCUUGAAUGAAAAGUGUAUCUUAAACCCUUUUAUUUUGGACGGAUUGCACUUGGAUAAAAUAGGCACCACUGUGUUGAUAUGUAAUUAAAUCCUUAAUCAUUAUUUAUCUAUAAAUGUGACCAUCGUUCAAUUUAAUUAGAGCAUGUUUCUGUGUUGGGUUUUAGUCUGCUGCUUUGUAAAAAUAACUACGUAAUUGAUAUUUCAGUUUUUAAGUGAGGUCUAAUCAUUGUCAUUCAGGUUCUUAGAAAUGAGGCAUCAAGGAGCUAACACAUAGUUUUGUACUUAAUUGUAAAGUUUGAGGUAUAUUCAGUGACUUUCUCUGAGACAAAAAUGAACACUGAAAAUUGGUGAGAAAUUGAUGCAGGAAAAUAUGGGUAGUGAUUCCAUGUUUGUUAAUAAAUUGCCAUCAUGGAGGUCAGAGAAUGAACUAAUUAAGUAAAAGUAACUCUAUUUAUUGUAUACCUUGUUCUGUGUCAUCUGUAGAAUUGAACUGGAUAAAGUGUAUAACUUGGGCCGGGAACAAAGCUUUGUUUGAAGGUUCUAGGUUAAUCGUUUUACUGUUUUGUUGACCUUGUGUACAAGAAUGAGAUUAUCUGUAUUAUAGAAGAAAAGAACUGAUAACUCUUUGUACAAGGGCAGAUUUGGACCACAGGCUUUUUUCACCUUGUGCAUACAGUGUGGUAAAAGAAUACCCUUGACCCUCGGCAUAGGGUCAUGUCCUAUAAUUUUGGGGCUAUUUUAACUCAAAGUAUGUUUAAGCUCUUUUUCUGUUGGAUCAAGUUUCUUUGAAAAUUGUUUUGUGUCUAUUCUUUAUAACAUAUUUCCCUAUGGUGGUUAAGAAUUAUGCUGUGGUCAGUUGUACUGAUAUCAUUAGAUGGAAAAAAAGAUGGCUGCCAACAAGAUAAAAGAUGAAAAGUGAAUCAUUCCCCGUUUCAGAGUCCCGUGGACUUGUGCAGCCGUAGUGUGCUGCUGACUCGUUCGCGGGUGAGUCUGCCAUCCUGAAGUAGCUCAGGAAAGCCCCCAUGUGUUGUUGUGGUGAUAGAGCAGCUGAAGGAGGACUUCAUCACAAAGAGCCCUGUGACUAUGUGUCAUUGCCAAGUAUCAGAACAUUUCCAAAGUUUAAAAGAUGUUUUAGGCUUCUGCAUGAUAUUUGGGGGUGUGUUCACCCCCCAGCUUUUCUCCCAGCACACGCUGAGCUGCCUUUUGGGGAGCAAUGGCAUGAUCGGUCAUACAUGCAUGUUUUCUGUACAUUUCAGAAUAGAGUGCCUUAGCCAGGCCAGAGGUUUGCUGUGUGUUUCUGCUGACCAAAGUUACCUAGACCUGUAAGAAGUUUCUUUUCAGGUUAUGGUGUGACACAUGUCCUUUCAUGCUUGUCGGAAAAUAAUUCCCCUUUAUUUGAGGGGGGCAUGGGAUAGGAAAAUCUGAAAAGUACCCGAAUAGAGUAUGUCAGUGCUGCCUUUUGUGAUCCUUGCCUAACAUUCACCAUCCUAGUGUAACGCACAGUUUAAAACUGCCGCAAUGUAAACCAUCAUUCCCCUGUUAAUGUGUAAUAGAUGUAGUUGAUGGGUUUUAGUCUGCAGGGUGUUAGAUGAAUAGCUUCCAAAGGAAGAACGAAGUGGUCUUCCUGGGCAUUUUAAUGAUAUCAUGGUGAAAUGACUUUUCAUUGUAAUUUUAAAAAGAAGGUUCAAUGCUGGUUAUGGCCUAGAAUACUACAGUACUGUUACCAGUGUGUCAUUUAUUUUGAUAUAGGGGUGCUGGGAAGAGAAGUAGAUGCCUAAGGUUGCCCAAAUUCGCAAUUGUUAUGAAAAGAAAAUUGAUCCUGACCUAGAGCCUGGGCACUGGGGGCACAUGCAAAGGAGCAAGUGGGCAUCGCAUCCACUCUAAGGGGAAGAAGUCAUCGCUUUAGUGCCCAAUGCCCAGGGAUCCUGCUGCGGUGCACAGUUUAAAAUGUUCACAACUUAAAUCAUCAUUCCUCCACCAAGUUUAAAUUCAAAUGUGAAUUUGAAAGUUUCCUAAGUGUUCAGCUUUCAGAGAACUCUUUUACUUUGUAGUCAGUUGAAAAGCAUUUAGACCGUAACUUGCUUUCUCCAAAGCAGACUUUGAUUCUCUAACCUCUGGAGACUAAAAAGAACAGCCCGAAGGUGUUUGGAUCAGAGGCUACACCCCCUUAUAUUUUAGGAAGAAGCCUGUUUGUAACUCUGCCUCUUCAUACUUGACCUGAGUUUCCUUUUCACUAGCCACCUCCUAGGACAGCGAUGGCCACUGGCUUUGUCACCUGUGGAUCUGGCCACAUUCAGCUCUCCUUAAUGGCCUUAGCUCUCUCAACUAGUCGAGGACGGGGACGUGCCAGAGGGCACCUAGUAAACCUGGUGGACUAGAACUUUUGACUUCGGGUCCCCACGUCAGCCAAACACAGAUACAGAGAUCUUUGCUUUUGUGGAUCCUGUGUUCAGAGUGGCCUUUAUCUUGACCUCAGUUUUUGGACUUGGCUUGAGCACUCUAUAGGAAAUUGCUGAAGUCAGACCAGAGUUUUCUUUGGUGUCCUUGUAAGGCGGCGUGCCCGGUCUUGAACACCCUGUGGGUGAGUAACCUUAAGUGAGCUGCCAGUACUAGAAGCUUCCAGGAAGAAUUGUAACUAGUAUGCUGCAUUUGAAGCACUUUGACAUGUACAUUUUAAGUGAUGGUUUUAACAGUAAAAACGGUGUUAAAUUAAUCACUGUGAAACUUGAAAGUGUGAUGGCCUAAAGUACAUUUUAGGAAGCUUAAGUAAAUUUCUGAUUUUCCUUUAUUAAUUAUGUAAUCCAUGUGAUUUGUAUAUUUUACUUUUCAUCUUUGACAGUGGUACAAAUGACUGACAUGUUGGCAGGUGGUUGGUUCCUUUAGGGCCUGUGGUAAAUCAUGGUUGUCUGACUUGUCCACAGAAAGUGGCACUCCCUGUGUUUACUUUUUCCUUUGUGUGGAGCCAUGGGAAUUGGAUUUAUUGGCUAAUUCAUUACCAGUGUUUCUAUGGUGCAAAAUAAACGUAACCUUUUAAACCUG